UAGACCAAGUGGGUGGUAAUUCGAUAUCAUCGAAAACAUUUCAUUUUAUUUUAUUUUAUUUUAUUUCAUCUCUCUCUCUUCUGCAAAAUUCGAAGGAUGACUUGUGUUUCGGGUCCAUUGAUUUCAGCAAGAAACCCUCAGACCCAGUUAUUCUCAGGUUCGUCUUUGAUGCAAGUGGACCAAUGUCUUAGCUCGAAGAACUUGUUGAUGAGCACUACUUACCAGGGAAAAGUGAAAGCACUGAAGUACAAAAGGCCAUUUACAGUGCAAGCAAGUGCGGAUGGUGGAAGACCAAGUAGUGCAAGUAUCUUUGUCGGUGGCUUUGUCUUGGGUGGAAUUGUUGUUGGAGCACUAGGCUGUAUAUAUGCACCCCAGAUCAGCAAGGCACUGGCAGGAGCAGACAGGAAAGAUUUGAUGAGAAAGCUGCCAAAAUUCAUAUAUGAUGAAGAGAAAGCCUUGGAGAGGACACGCAAAAUCCUGACUGAGAAGAUCGCGCAGCUGAACUCUGCCAUAGAUGACGUCUCUUCGCAGCUCCGUGCUGAUGAUACCCCAAAUGGAACUGCUGUAAGCCCGGAUGAACUUGAGGCUUCCAUAUGACAAACUGUUCAAAAGGUAUCCUGAAGUUGUUUAUAGAUGAGAAAUGUUUGAAACAAAUCCUUUAAAUUUUCACCAGUAAACUGAGGGCUCAAGGUGGGGCCCUUAUGUAAGACCAAGUUUCUGGGAUGAUCACAACUGGAUGCCUCUUAUACCAAACUUUACUCUCAUAAAGGUUUACUACGCACACAAUGAUGCCCGCUUAUCUCUUCAUCAA